AUGGCUAUUCAAUACGAACAAUUAAUGGGAAGAGAAGAUUUCGCUGGAUUUGAAGAUCCAGAAAAAUUCCAAAAAUGGGUCCCAAAAUUAGAUGCUUAUAGACAAAAAUUAGCAGAUGGUGUUGAACCAUACAAGGUUGAAUUACCAAAACCAAUUGACGAAUUAGUUAAAGAUCAAUUUAAUGCAAAAGAUUAUAUUUAUGAUUCUGGAAUUUUCAGUGCAAGAGAAUUAGAAAUUACUGAUUCAAAAGGUGCUCAAAUUUUAAGUGAAAUUGCAAGUGGUAAUUGGACUUGUGUUGAAGUUUUAAAAGCUUUUGCUAAAAGAGCUGCUGUUGCUCAUCAAUUAACGAAUUGUUUACAUGAAAUUUUAAUUGAAGAUGGAUUAAAAAGAGCUCAAGAAUUAGAUGAAUAUUAUGCUAAAAAUGGUAAAACUAUUGGUCCGUUACAUGGUUUACCAGUUUCUGUUAAAGAACAUUAUAAUUUCAAAGGUAGAGUUACUCAUGGUGGUUAUGUUAGUUUAGUUGAAGCUGUUACUGAAGAACAUGGUGUAACUAAUCAAGUUUUAGAAAAUUUAGGUGUUGUCUUUUAUGUAAGAACUGCACAACCUCAAUGUCUUAUGCAUUUAUGUGGUGAUAAUAAUUAUACUGGCACAACUAGAAAUGCUAAUAAUUUAUCAUUGUCAAGUGGUGGUUCCUCAUCAGGUGAAGGUGCUUUAGUUACUUUAGGUGGUUCAGUAUUUGGUAUUGGUUCCGAUAUUGGAGGAUCAAUUAGAUCACCAUCUGCUAUGUCAGGUUGUGUUGGUUUAAGACCAAGUAAUAAUAGAGUUUCAUUAGCAGGUUGUGUUUCAGGUUUUGGUGGUCAUGAUUCUAUUUUAUGUGUUUGUGGUCCAAUGGCAAGAUCAGUUGAUGAUUUAGAAUUAAUGAUGAAAAAUUAUGUUAAUGUUGGUAAACCAUGGAAUUUAGAUGCUGUUACAAUUCCUUUACCUUGGAGAGAUGUUGCUAAACCAAAACCAGAAGAUUUAACUGUUGCUGUUAUUAGAGAUGAUGGAUUAGUUAGAGUUUCACCACCAAUUAGAAGAGGUUUAGAGUAUACUGUUGAAAAAUUAAGAGCUGCUGGUGUUAAAAUUGUUGAAUUCGAUCCACCACAUACUAAAUUAGCUUAUGAAACUAUUAAUAAUAUGUAUACUUGUGAUGGUAAUGAUUAUCAAAGAGAAAUUUUAGGAUCAACUGGUGAAAGAUUAGCUAAAUUAACUAAAUGGUAUUUGAAUUUUGGUAAAGGUAAAAAACAUUAUACAUCAGCUGAAAAUAGAGUUUUAAAUGCUGAUAGAGAUUUCUUAAGAACAGAGUAUACUAAAUAUUUUGUUGAAAAUAAAGUUGAUUUAAUUUUAAUGCCAGUUUAUAAUUCAGUUGCUCCACAUUGUGAAGAAAUUUACAAUUGGUCAUAUACUACAUUAUUUAAUAUUUUAGAUAUUCCAGCAGUUGCAUUCCAAACUGGAUUAAAACAAGAUCCAGAAAUUGAUGUUUGGACUGAAGAAGAUCAAAAAUAUCAAUAUAGAUCAGAAUUAGAACAAAUGGAAAAUGAAAUGUAUAAACCAGAAGAAUUUAAAGGUGCUCCAAUCGGGUUACAACUUGGUGCCCAAAGAUAUCACGAUGAAGAAUUAGUCGCUGCUGCUAAAACUAUUAUUGAUGAUAUUUUAAAAGUUGAUUUAUUCAAAAAAUAA